UAAAAAAUCCUAGUGGACCUUAUGUGUUUUUGAAACAUAUAGAAACUACACCACCCUUCUAUCAACCAACCAAAUCAUAUCCCUAAACUUCCAGUGAAUCCUGAAGCAACUCCGAAACCAACCUCCAUGGCCACAAUUUCCAGUGAACCCUGGAGGAAGGUAUUGAUAACAGGGGUGAGCAAAGGGAUAGGAAGAGCUCUAGCGCUCGAGUUAGCGAGCGGUGGCCACACUAUUAUCGGGUGCUCACGCGACCAAACUAAACUCGAUUCCCUUCGAGAAGAACUUCUUAGGUCGUCUCCCGCACAACAUUUGCUCCUCAAUGUUGACGUGACAUCCAACGAUAGCGUUGAAGAGUUUGCAAAAAUUGUUGUGGAAAAUAAACUCGUUCCCGACAUAAUUGUGAACAAUGCAGCUAUAGUUAAUAGACAAGGUAAAAUAUGGGAGAUUGAUGUACAAGACUUUGAUAAUGUAAUUGAUACCAACAUCAAAGGGACAGCAAAUAUUCUACGUCAUUUCAUUCCGCUUAUGAUUCAUAACAAGCAAGGGAUUAUCGUCAACAUGUCUUCAGAUGCCGGAAGAAAUCCAUAUAAACUGAUUACACCAUAUUGUGCAUCAAAGUGGGGUGUCGAGGGAUUAAGCAAAUCCGUAGCGAAAGAGUUGCCAGAGGGAAUGACAAUUGUUGCCUUAGAUCCUGGAAUCAUAAACACAGACAUGCUCGUUUCAUGCGUCGGUGAUUUGGCUUCACAAUAUCAGUCUCCUCGUCAUUGGGCUUCUAAGGCGGCAACAAUGAUUCUCGAUCUUACAACAAAAGACAAUGGAGCAUCUCUCACCAUUAAGGAUCCAUGAACUACUCUCAAUGGUUGAAUAAUUUUCCUUUUAUUAAUUUAUUUUUACAGGCUAGCUACUCAAAUUGUCUGUCUUAGUAUAUGCAUGAUACUUAAUCUUGACAUGCACCAUGUACUAUGUUGAGCUAUUUUUAUUUUCACUUGGUUUUUGCUUUGUACAUGUAUGGAGUAAUGCUUUUAUUUUAGUGUGUAUAUGCAGUUUUUUUUUAACCAUA